AAUUGCCCCCGCUAUGUAAUCCUGCGCGUCCUGCGUCUCCUAGAAGGUUCUCUACAAGAUAGACCCUCAUACCUAUCUGGUCUUACCCAUCUGGUGGUUGUCUGCACUCACUGAAGUCCUGAGACAACUAUACUGCGCUCGCCAACGCCCGCAUGCACACGCGAGACACCAUCGUCUGACCUAGUAACCCUCUUACAUGUCUUACACCGACCACAACCGCUACUACCGCCCACGUCAUGAAACGUAUUCUUCAUACCCGCGCGACACAGACCCUUACUCCUCCCGCUAUGCACAACCGCCUGCCCCGCGCGAGAAGCCAGCUAUGCGGGGCAACAUGAACGACUACUCUCCCUCGUCCCACCGCGACUCCUACUAUGGCUCCUACUACGACUCCUACGACCCGCAGCGGUCCGCUGUACCUCCUCGAGAGCGCCCACGCACCCGCAGACCUUCAUGGCCGCCGUCGCCCGCUGUUGAGGAUGAGAGCGUUGCUGUGAAGAAAGAGGCGUCUUCGGUGGUGGGGUCGGCCGAGGGCGAGCCGCCGACCAACACGCGGGGCACUGUCGAUCAGGAGUAUCUGCUGGACGAGAUCGAGCAACCCAGACAGCCUGACCACGACGACCGAUGCUUUGCCCAUGUGCCUGGGUCCGGCGACAAUGGCCUCAGUGCGACACAUACUGCGGACGGAAGGCGGAGGAAGAGCUUCGCUGGGCGCGGGAACAUGCCGCGUCUGAGGACGGAUGUCGAGAGUGAUCCAAUACUGUUCACCAAGAGGCUGUCGACCCCGUACUCGUACACGCCGCAAAAGGAGUCGGCUGCACCCGCUUCGGCUGCCUUUAUGCUCUCGCCCGAGCCUAUCACGCCGGCCAAUACAAGCAAGCCUAGGACGACUGCCAGCAGUGAGAAAGACCAAAACGCCAGGCCAUCGCAGUCGAUACCUGUCCGCACACGGCGCGACUCCUUCACUCGAUCAGCUCCUCAGUUGGCCAGGAACGAUGUCUUCGAUGACUCGACUUCAGAAGCAGAGGACACGGCACAUCUACGGAUCAACGAACGCAAGCCUGCACGGUACAGCUUCGUGAAGAGCGAGGCCCAGAAAGAGGAUCUUAGAACGAACCUGCGCGAGAGCCAGUCGAGACCUGAGCUGGUAAGACAGGACUCCACUCAGCGACCGCCGACUGCACGCACAGGCUACGAAAACUCAUACUACCACUCCCCUCGCUCUUCGUCGUCCUCGGUCAAUAGCGAGAAGAGGUGGUCGAGGCCUGCGCCAGUAGACACCGGAUAUGUCAAUAGUCCUCGUCCGUCGAGUCGACCAAGUUCGCCGAUGUACCGUGCGCCAUCGCCAAGGCUUCCUCCACGACUGCGCGAGUCGCCGCCUGGAUCUCGGCCUUCAUCGCGGGGCAAUGCAACUCGGCCAGCUUCCCCAUUAGCAUGGUCGACUACAGUUCGUCCCCCCUCUCCUCGUCAGGCUCAUCAGGUCCCCAUCACCGAGGCCGACUGGCACUCGACGUACCCACCGGUCAAUGCGAAUGACCGUUCAAGACCGCCUUCGCGCUUCGGUAGGCAUGAGACGAUACAAAUCCCUCUUGCUCCACGAGUAGACAUCCAAAGCCCAUCACCAGUCAGGCCCAACAACCCUCUACCUUAUCCGGUGGAGGAUCACCAUGCAGAUGUCUGGAUGCCAGGAGAGGAGCAUUUCCAGUUCAACUACUCAACGGUCUCGUCCCCACGAGAAGUCUUCAGAGAUGCUCCGCGAGUUGCAUCGCCCUCGAUCGCGAAUUCACCUCGUCAAGGUGACGGCUUCCGAGAGCGCGCUCCGAGACCCAGGACGCCACGCCCGGAGGAAGCUCCGCGCAAGAGACGGAGCAGAUCAAAUAGUGUUGACUCGAAGCGCAGCAGUGACGGCCGCACGAAGUCAAGCAGGGCCGUAGCGCUCAUCGACAGACCUCUACCGAACUGCUCCAGGCCGACCGCGACCGACAGGUACGAUGACUGGUAUAGUCUCUCCGACUACCGCAACUUCGACGUCUGUCCUUCGUGCUACGACGGAGCCUUCGCAGGUACAUUGUUCGCCCGUGAGUUUUCGCAAACUCGCAAGUAUGAGCGCCCUACCGAACGUUUCUGCGACUUCAACAGCGCCUGGAUGCGUCUCGCAUGGCUCUUGACUAUUAAGCAACGCCGCCAAUCCAUCGACCUCAUCUACGCGCUCGCCGACAUUGCUGACUCAGAACGCCUCUGUCCCGGCGACCGCGAAGUCAGCACAGAACGCAUGACCUGGUACGGCAUCGCCGACCAGCGCGACGGUCUCCACGUCGCCAACUUCGCCGUCUGCUCCGCCGACGUGAAGAACCUCGAAGCCCUCUUUCCCGGCACCCGUGGCUACUUCACCCGCCUCCCCUCCUCCUCAGCCUACGGUCUCGAGAAACACACCUGCUCCCUCCGCACGACGUCUCACCGCUUUCCCAAGUACCUCGACCUCCUCGUCGCCCUUGACGCGGAAUCGCAGUCUACAGGUCAACGCCUGAACAUCUCCAAAUUCAUCAAGCUCGCGCGCGAAAACGCGUUCAAAGGUGAGUGUGCAAGGAGCAAAGCAUUUGUACGGAAAGCGUGGCAUUUCAUCCCGCAGCUCCCGGAAUUCACCGUGUGUGAAGAGUGCUAUGAUGAGUGCGUUUGGCUCAAGUCCGGUGCUCUGCCGCGACUCGUGAACAAGAGCAUUCAGCUCGUACCGAAUGAAGAUCUGGAGCUGGGAACUAGCUGUGCGCUGUACAGCGGCAGGAUGAGGAGGGUGUGGGAUGUUGCUGUCAAGGAGGACGAUUUCAAGUACCUCGAGAGAAAGGUGCUCGAGAGGAGGCGUAAGGAGGUGCUGUUGGCCAAGGAGAGGAGGGACAUACUGCAGUGGCUUGCAGGGCAGGAGAAGGGGUGCAGGGGUUAUGAACGUGCCAAGGAUGAGUUGAAGGAUCUGGAGAGGGAGUGGAAGGACUGGGAGUAGCAAGUCGAAAGUACGGUAGAUGAUGAAAUUGACAUGAUCUCUCUAGUUACGAAUGUGU